CAAAUGCUGAAUUGCUCUCACGUGGGCUGUUGAAGCACACCUUUCCCUGGCCAUAGAAUCUUACUCUGUCUCAGGUGAUGGUCUGAAAUUAAGCUAUCACCUGUGUCACUCACAAUGGAAGAAAUGAAGAAGACAGCUGUCCGGAGGCCCAGAGGUAGGCAGAGGCCUGUAAAGACUGAAUGGAAUUCCCGGUGUGUCCUCCUUACCUAUUUCCAAGGGGACAUCAGCAGCGUAGUGGAUGAGCACUUCUCCAGAGCUCUGGGCAAUAUCAAGAGACCCCAUGGAUUGAGCCCUUUGAGCCAGCAUGAAGAUGUGAUCCUAAGGAAUGAUAGUGACAUGGCUCCAAAUCAGUGGCAUUUCUCUUCUCCAUGGACAAAGCCAGGAGCAUCUCUUGCAAAUGGUGAUGCUAACUGCAGCUUUAUGUCUGAUCCCAUGAAUGUGGAUCAGUACCCCAUGUCCCUGAAUGGGAGCCCCUCUGCUCAUCCUGGAGAGCUGUGGCAUUUCUCCUCCUUGGCCAGCCCCAGCUCCCCAGAGCCUGGCUACUCUCAUGCCUAUCCUGCAGGGCACCUGGUUCCAGAGACCCAGCUGGAUGGGAAAUGUGAGCCUCUCCUAAGUCUCCUCCAGCAAGACAGAUGCUUAGCCCAUCCUCAGGAAUCUGCCAGGAGGGAGGAGUACAACCCUGUCCAAAUAGCCGGAAGCUCGGGAUCGUUCCUCAACCUGUCUCCCAGCUCAACUCACUGUAAGAAAAUGUAUGUCUCGCCCAGUUGGGGCCCUGCCAGUACCAGCCUUGCACAUGAAACACCAAACCAUUGGAGCCACCAACAUGGAUACCCACAGCAUCUUUAGUCAAGUUGGAGAAGAAAGGAAAGGCUUGGUUCAAGACAUGGCAGCAAGACCUCUCUGCAGAUUGUUCCAGAUAAAGUGACAGUUUCUCAGACUAUUCAUCUCCCCGAUCUGGUAGACAGCCUGGUGUCUGAUGUCAGCUGAGUACUUGCCCCAUGGCAAUCCUGUAACCCCCUGCUGUCAGUGUUCCCCAUCCUGCCCCACUUGCUCAGAGAGUGCCGAAUAAUAAAACUGCAUUUG